AUUUAUACUGUCAUUCACUGGUUUAUUUCGAUAGUUGCUGUAUUCGAUCUAGUUAAUUCCUUAUCACGAAUAACAGUGCACGAUAGAUAGCCAUGGAUCCUGCUCUAGCAAAGGAGGUGGCGACGCUUGCGCAGCACCGCGUCAUAAACGAGACCAUAGCGCGAGGGGACUCCGAGAUACAGCAGUUCUACUCUGGCGCCACACUCUUCAUCACAGGAGGAUCAGGGUUCCUCGGGAAACACCUGAUCGAGAAGCUGUUCAGGUCAUGCGACAUCAAAAAAGUAUACCUAUUAUUGAGGCCAAAGAGGAAGUGGACAUUCCCCGAGAGAUUAACAUUUAUAUUGAAGGAUCCAGUAUUCGACCUGAUAAAGAAAACCAAGCCAGAUUUCGCCAACAGAAUAUAUCCAGUGGAAGGGGAUGUUGCGGAACCCAAACUUGGACUAAGUGAUGAGGAGUACAAAUUGAUUAUUGAAGACACUGACGUCAUCAUCCACGUAGCCGCUACAGUUAGCUUCGACGAGCCAUUAAAAGUGGCUGCAUUGACUAAUGUUAGGGGUACUAUGGAGAUGUUGCGCCUUGCCAAAAAGUGCAAUAAUCUUAAAUCAAUGGUGCAUGUGUCUACAGCCUACUCCAACUGCACGGUAGACAGGAUAAAUAAGGAAGUUGAAGAACAGUUCUACGCGCCGCCUCUAUCGCCAAAGAUCAUGGUAGAAAUGGCGGAGACCAUGUCUGAACAAAGACUGAAUGAGAUCACGCCACAAUUGAUAAAGAAUUGGCCCAAUACGUAUACAUUCACGAAGGCAAUAGCGGAGGAUGCGGUGCGACAGAUGCAGGCGGAGAUACCGAUAUGUAUCGUGAGACCUGCGAUAGUGAUCUGUUCAUACCGAGAACCUUCCCCCGGGUGGUUAGACAUCAGUUGCGCACAAGGGCCAAGUGGGCUUGUAAUUGGCUGCGGUCUGGGUGUCCUCCACGCGAUCAUGGUUCAACCGGAGAUCAAAACAGACCUGGUGCCUGUUGAUCUGGUCAACAACACGGUCAUCGCGGCAGGCUGGAAGACCGCCAAACAGACAGACAGACAAGCUAACAUAUACACUGUCAGCAGCUUCAGGAACCAUAUUUAUAUGAAGUCAAUAGUGAAUACAAUGAUCAACGAGGUGUUGCCCAAAUAUGCUUCGCCUAAGGCGGUGUGGUAUUCCUUUACAAAUCAAACUACGUGUAGAUAUUACUAUUUGAUGUUGAUGUGGCUUUGGCAUUAUAUACCAGCGUAUUUCAUUGAUCUGGGCUUGAGCAUCGUUGGGAAAAGACCUUCAGCCGUUAAACUGUACACCAAAGCGGCGAAACUGAUGGACGUACUGUUCUAUUUUACGACGAAUGAGUGGAAACAAUGUGAUAGGAAUCUCCAAGCUCUCGCAGCCGGCAUGUCCCCUGUCGACCGCACCAUUUACGACCUUGAAAUCAGCAAGAUUGACUGGGUGGAAAUGAUGACUAUUUGGGCUAUAGGUAUUAGGAAAUACAUUGUAAAGGACGGUCUGCAAGGCACACAAGAAGGAAUCGACAAGCAGAAACGCUACAGAAUUAUUCACUAUCUGUUUUCUAUAGUCUAUUUCUUCAUUCUAUGGAAGAUUCUCAGUUGGAGCUUCUCAUUAAGUUCUACAGCGCUUAGUUAUGUUUUCUAAUUUCUCUUUAAUAAAUUAAUUCUCAUCAA